CAUCGCUCAUAGGCUAUGCCUCCUCCACCGCCACCACGCAAUGCACGCACCCUCCUCCUCACAAUCGAUGCUUUUGGCACCAUCUUCCACCCACGCGAACCCGUCCCCCAACAAUACGCUUCUGCCGCGCACAAAUUCGGCCUCCCUCGCUCCACGGUGACCCCGGAACGGCUCCAAUCCGCUUUCAAAAACGUCUUCAAAGCGCAGUCCAAGGCCCGACCCAACUACGGUCGCGCCGAGGCUCUCCGCGGUCAAUACGGUGGGCCGAGGGAAUGGUGGGAAGAGGUGAUCCGGGGUAGCUUCGCCCAGGUCUUGCAACCCCCUGCCUCAGCCACCUCUCCAUCAGCAUCGUCACCACCCUUACCGGACAGCCUCAUCCAACACCUUCUCGACCGUUUCGCGUGCCGAGAUGGUUACGCUCUCGAUGCCAACGCUGACUCCUUCUUCACGCGCCUCCGCGACAUCAAAGCCACCAAGACACGACUGGGACCGUUCGGCCGCAUCGUGGUCGGGGUGGUUUCCAACUCCGAUGACCGGGUGCCUGCUGUCUUAGAAUCGCUGGGUCUAUCUGUGGGAAUGUGUCGGGCCAAUGAGGAUGUGUCGAGUACACAGCUCCCUGGGUUUGAGAUGCGAGGGUCACGCGAUGGUGAGGCGGCGGACAACAAACAAGCUGAAGAGGGUAUCUACGAUCUUGACCUAGUGAUUACCAGCUAUGAGGCCGGCGAGGAGAAGCCAAGCCCGGUGAUCUUUGACGUGGCUCGGCGACAAGCCAUGAAGCUGGUCGGAGCGAGUGACACCGAUCGCAACAACUGGGAGUGCGUCCAUGUGGGUGACGAUUACAAGAAGGACUAUCGCGCCGCGAUCGAUGCCGGCUGGAAGGCCUUCUACAUCCCCCAGAGUAGUGACGGCAAACACCCGCCCGAUACAAAUACGACCGGGUCGCUGUUGGACGUGCUAUCCAAAUUGCAGCGGUUUAGAGUAAAAGCCGCUCUCUGUGGCUAUGUAACCCCAAUGCUCUCGCUCUCAAGCUUUCCAAGUAGCACAAUCUUCUUUCCCAGGUGUGAUGUGGCGAAAUCCAUGGAUGUGGUCACCCGCUCCGCCACGCGCCCAGACAGACCUAGAUUCCCCGCACGACCACAAACCAUGCUUUUGCACGAUGACAAUGCUUUUCUUCAGCCUAUGGAUCAAUUAACGCGCACACCUCGCCCAUCCCCCGCCAAUCAGCCUUCAUUAUGGAGGUGUCCAAGAAGGUGGAGUAAUCAAGAAUUCCCAAAGACAUACAUCUAUACAAUGGACCUCGUUCAGAAGUACGGCCACCUCAAGCGCGACCGCCGCAAGAGCUCUGCGCAGCGUGAACUCGCCGACGCAGCAAGUCAUAACGACCAGCAGAGGAUCAACGCUCUGCUCGGCAGCUUUGGCGGUGCGGCGAACGACCACCCAGACCGGAGAUCCAGUGGCGCGGGCAACAUGGCGAGUAUGAUUGAGGAGUUCAACGCCAGACGGAAAUCAGAGUCGAACGAGCUUGGGGAGCAGAAUACGGAUAGAGUUGCAGAGUGA